UAAGCGUAUUCAUUAAUUUUUUUAUUUAAGUUUGUUGAAAUUAUUUACAAAAUGUUUAAUUUAUAUCUAUGCUUAGUUAGUGUUAUUUUAGCCCCAAUGGUAUCUUCGAAAAUUUCUUUAAUAUCUUUUGAAGGAAAAACAUAUUUGAAUGGCCAGUACGAAGUCAAAGUACCUGAUAAUUUUAAUAUAAAAAAUGAAAUUGUAAAUGGUCAUAGCCAAGGAUUGAAAUUAAUCAUUGUAAAAGAAUUGAAGCUUAACGAAAGAUUAUCUCUUGGAGAGCGAUUAAAAAGAUCAAAUGAUAUAUUAGCUAAACAGGAGAUGGAAAAAGUGAAAAGUUUAGAAGAUCAUGAAAUUGAAUUGGAGAAAUUGUUAAAAACAAUAGAGGAGGAACCACUCGAAAACUUGAGAAAUGAAAAUAAAGUCCCACAGGAAACUCUAAAACGUGAGAAACUUAUUAUUAAAAAAAUGYCGGAACAAUAGUAUUCUCCAGGUAACUUUGAAAUAUUGUAUUAUAAAAAUAUACUAAAUUUUUUUUGAUUGAUUUUUGUUCGUGAGUUUUUAUUUAGAUGAGUGAAUGUUCAAAAUACAACAUUCAAUCGU